UACUCCUUCCACACAAACGUCAAACAUGGCAGACGGAGGACAGAAACAAAGUACACAGCCAGCAUCCGAUAAAAAGGAUUCUGGCAGGAAUAAUCGUCAAGGUCCGAACAAACGUUUUCAUAGCGACAAGCACUCUCACAAGAAACGUGUCCCCUUGAAACCAUAUCAACGGAAAAAUGACAUCUAUGUUACCGGAAAAUCGGAUUUCAAGGCCCAGGUCAAGCAAUGUGAAGAAAUUCUGAAUGGUGAGGAAGGAGAAGUGUUCCUGCACGCUAUAGGAAACGCGAUAAACCGAUCGAUCAACUUAGCCCUGAGUGUCGUCGCAAACUCCAACGGGGCCGUCGCGUACGAAGCCAACACAUCAACGAUAGAACUCGUCGAUGAUUUCCAUCCGCUCAACGAUGAGGACGACUACACUAUCCAGCAAAGAAUGAAUUCAUGCCUUCACAUACGUAUCUUUCGCCAGAGCAAAAACCUGAAAACGUAAACCACAUCGACACAUUCAAACCCAACAUG